AUGGCGACUCCGGACCACAAGUCUCCGAACGUUCUGCUGCAGAGCCUGUGCUGCCGGAUUCUGGGCAAGAGCGAAGCUGAUGUAGCCCAACAGUUUCAAUAUGCAGUUCGUGUUAUUGGUAGCAACUUUGCCCCAACUGUUGAAAGAGAUGAAUUUCUAGUAGCUGAAAAAAUCAAGAAAGAACUUGUUCGACAAAGAAGGGAAGCAGAUGCUGCAUUAUUUUCAGAACUUCACAGGAAACUCCAUUCACAGGGAAUUUUGAAAAAUAAAUGGUCAAUACUCUACCUCCUGCUUAGCCUCAGUGAAGAUCCAAGAAAGCAACCAAAUAAGGUUUCUAGUUAUGCUACACUAUUUGCUCAAGCAUUACCAAGAGAUGCCCAUUCAACUCCAUACUAUUAUGCCAGACCUCAGAGCCUCCCACUGAAUUAUCAGGAUCGGAACACCCAAUCUGCACAAAGUUCUGGCAGUAUGGGAAGCAGUGGAAUUAGCAGCAUAAGCAUGUAUGCACUGAAUGGUCCAACACCAACACCACAAUCUCUCCUUCCAGGACAGUCUUACCAAGCCACAGGAGUAGGAGAUUGCUUUCGACAACAGUUGGGGUCACGUCUUGCAUGGACAUUAACUGCAAAUCAGCCUUCUUUACAAACUGCUACCUCAAAAGGCCUGCCAAACACUGUUUCUCGUAAUGUGACUAGAUUAAGAAGAGAUGCAGAUACAAGUGGUGCUAUAGAAAUAACUGAAGCAGCCCUUGUAAGAGAUAUUUUAUACGUCUUCCAGGGAAUAGAUGGCAAAUACAUCAAAAUGAGCAAUUCUGAAAAUUGUUAUAAAGUUGAAGGAAAGGCAAAUCUAACCAGAUCUUUGAGAGAUACGACAAUAAGACUUGCUGAAUUAGGAUGGCUGCAUAAUAAAAUUAGAAAGUACACGGACCAGAGGAGUUUAGACCGAGCAUUUGGACUUGUAGGUCAGAGCUUUUGUGCUGCCUUACAUCAAGAACUUAAAGAAUACUAUAGACUACUUUCUGUUUUACACUCUCAGCUUCAGCUAGAGGAUGAUCAAGGUGUAAAUUUGGGACUCGAAAGCAGUUUAACACUUCGUCGUCUCCUAGUCUGGACAUAUGAUCCCAAAAUAAGGUUGAAGACCCUUGCAGCACUGGUUGAUCACUGUCAAGGAAGGAAAGGUGGUGAGCUAGCAUCUGCUGUCCAUGCUUAUACUAAAACAGGAGAUCCAUAUAUGAGAUCCUUAGUACAGCACAUUCUCAGCUUGGUGUCACAUCCUGUUUUGAAUUUUCUUUACCGUUGGAUAUAUGAUGGAGAGCUGGAAGAUACAUACCAUGAAUUUUUUGUAGCGUCAGAUCCUACAGUGAAAACUGACAGACUAUGGCAUGACAAAUAUACUUUAAGAAAAUCUAUGAUUCCUUCUUUUAUUACAAUGGACCAGUCCAGAAAGGUUCUUCUGAUAGGAAAAUCUAUUAAUUUCUUGCAUCAGGUCUGUCAUGAUCAAACACCAACUGCAAAGAUGAUAGCUGUGACAAAGUCCACAGAAUCUCCAAAAGAUGCUGCAGAUUUAUUCACAGAUCUGGAAAAUGCAUUUCAGGGAAAAAUUGAUGCAGCUUAUUUUGAGACCAGCAAAUACUUGUUGGACGUUCUUAAUAAAAAAUACAGUUUAUUGGAGCACAUGCAGGCUAUGCGGCGAUAUUUACUUCUUGGUCAAGGAGAUUUCAUAAGGCAUUUAAUGGACUUGCUUAAACCAGAGCUUGUCCGUCCAGCUACCACUUUGUAUCAGCAUAACUUGACAGGAAUUCUUGAAACUGCUGUCAGGGCAACUAAUGCACAGUUUGACAGUCCUGAAAUUCUUAAACGACUGGAUGUUAGACUUCUGGAGGUAUCUCCAGGUGAUACUGGAUGGGAUGUGUUCAGCCUGGACUAUCAUGUUGAUGGACCAAUUGCAACUGUAUUUACUAGAGAGUGCAUGAGUCACUAUCUAAGAGUAUUUAACUUUCUUUGGAGAGCUAAACGGAUGGAAUAUAUCCUCACUGACAUAAGAAAAGGACAUAUGUGUAAUGCAAAACUCCUGAAAAAUAUGCCAGAGUUCUCUGGGGUGCUACAUCAGUGUCACAUUCUGGCAUCAGAAAUGGUCCAUUUCAUUCAUCAAAUGCAAUAUUAUAUUACAUUUGAGGUACUUGAAUGUUCAUGGGAUGAACUUUGGAACAAAGUCCAGCAAGCUCAAGAUUUGGAUCACAUCAUUGCAGCUCAUGAGGUGUUCUUGGACACUAUCAUCUCUCGUUGUCUCCUGGACAGUGACUCCAGAGUCCUUUUAAAUCAACUUCGAGCUGUUUUUGAUCAAAUUAUUGAACUUCAGAAUGCUCAAGAUGCAAUAUAUAGAGCUGCUUUGGAAGAACUACAACGGAGAUUGCAAUUUGAGGAAAAGAAAAAACAAAAUGAAAUUGAGGGUCAGUGGGGAAUCACAGAAGCAGAGGAAGAAGAAGAACAAAAGAGGAUUAGAGAAUUUGAAGAAUCUAUACCAAAAAUGUGUUCACAGUUGCGAAUAUUGACACAUUUUUACCAGGGUAUUGUACAGCAGUUUUUGGUUUUACUGACAACAAGUUCUGAUGAGAGUCUUCGGUUUCUUAGCUUUAGAUUGGACUUCAAUGAACAUUAUAAAGCAAGAGAGCCAAGGCUUCGAAUGUCUUUGGGCACUAGAGGGCGACGUAGUUCCCACAUGUGAACAAAUUCCAAAACCAUCUAUUGAAUCUAUGAAGGAUAUUAAAUUUUUGGUUGGACAUAAAGAUCCACACUUUAGUAUGAAAACCAAAUGGCUUGCAACUGUCUGCUCAUAAGUACUUCAGACAUGUGAA